GGCUCCUCUUUGUACGUCUGGAGGCACUGUUCUGGUUGUUUCCUCCGUGCUUCCAAAGGUGAAAACUUCAGCAAUGAGUAAACGUAAGUCAAAGGAGAGCAUCAGUACAAACAGAGAAUGCAUUUCACAGGUGCAAAAAGUGUUACGUGAAAGGUUGUGUCACCAUUACGCUACUGGAAAACUGUUUGGGAUUGAGCAUCAGUACAGACAUCUGCUGGAACUGCUGAAGCGAACUACAGUUCAUGGAGAAAGUAAUUCUGCCCUCAUUAUUGGACCCCGUGGAUCAGGAAAGAGCGCGUUACUAAAUCAUGUCUUGAAAGAUCUCAUGGAACUCAAACAAGUUAGAGAGAACCUCUUGGAAGUUCGUCUGAAUGGGCUUUUGCAGACUAAUGAUAAAGUGGCCCUGAAGGAGAUCACCAGGCAGUUGCGCCUGGAAAAUGUGGUUGGGGAUAAAGUUUUUGGCAGUUUUGCUGAAAAUCUCGCGUUCCUUCUUGAAGCCUUAAGGAAAGGAAACAGAACUAGCAGUUGUCCGGUCUUGUUUAUACUGGAUGAAUUUGACUUGUUUGUUCAUCACAAGAAUCAGACGCUGCUGUAUAACCUGUUUGAUAUAUCCCAGUCAGCACAGACUCCAGUAACAGUUAUUGGACUCACAUGUAGACAGGAUAUCCUGGAGCUCUUGGAGAAGAGAGUAAAAUCAAGGUUCUCUCACCGACAGAUCUAUGUGAUGAAUUCCUUUGGUUUUAAACAGUAUGUUAGAAUAUUCAAGGAACAGCUUUCUCUUCCUGCUGAAUUUCCUGAUGAGACUUUUGCACAAAAAUGGAAUAGUAAUGUUCAGCAUCUGUCUGUAGAUAAAACUGUGCAAGAUGUGCUGCAGAACCUUUUUCACUACACCAAAGAUCUACGUUCGCUUCAUUUGCUGUUGAUGCUUGCUGUGAGUAACGUUACUGUGCAUCACCCUCUUAUCACUGCAUUGGAUCUUCAGGAGGCAAGCAAGCACUACAGAAUGGACUCCAAAGCAAACAUUGUACAUGGUUUGUCUGUCCUGGAAAUCUGCCUAAUUAUAGCUAUGAAACACUUAAAUGAUGUUUAUGAAGGAGAACCAUUUAACUUCCAGAUGGUUUACAAUGAAUUUCAGAAGUUCAUCCAAAGGAAGGCGCACUGCAUGUACAACUUCGAAAAGCCAGUUGUGAUGAAGGCGUUCGAACACUUACUGCAACUGGAGUUAGUCAAACCAAUAGAGAGACCAUCGGUGCGUACUCAGAGAGAGUACCUCUUAAUGAAACUGCUUUUGGACAACAACCAGAUCAUGGAUGCUUUGCAGGUGUACCCAAACUGCCCGACAGACGUUAAGCAGUGGGCAACGUCAUCACUUAGCUGGUUGUGAGCUUCUGGGAAGUCACGGUACCCCCUGCUACUUCAGAACUUCUUGGGUUAACUGCAGGAGGUGUGAUGUUUACCCACAGUUGGGUGGUCAAAUUAAUAAAUUUUUGGUUGGAAGAAGG